UUUGCACAUGUGCAAUGCUUAUUACAUCUAGAAAAGAUCUUAGUGAAGGGAAAACUAAAUGUCAAAACUGGAAAUUUUCUUGGUAAAUAGAAUCAAGAAAAUGAGAGCUGUAACAUAGCCAGUAAAUGAUUCACUGCAACCAUUUCAUUCUUUUUUUUUUUUUUUUUUUAAAGAAAACUUGAGGCCCAGGGAGAAAGAAGGUGCUUUGUCAACCUAAAGUCACAAUUUCCAGAGAUUUAAUACUCAGAACAAAUGGCAGAAGCAAAUUUCUCUCUCAUAGUGGAAUUCACACUCUUGGGAUUUUCUGACCUUCCCAACCUUCAAGGUUUCCUGUUUGGACUUUUCUUGAUCAUCUACACUGGGAUCCUGUUGGGAAAUGGACUUAUCAUUGUAAUUACCAAAAUUGAGCCUACACUUCAAACCCCUAUGUAUUUUUUCCUCAGGAAUUUUUCCUUUUUGGAAAUCUGCUAUACUUCAGUCAUUCUUCCAAGGAUAUUGGUUAGUCUAUGGACACAGAAGAGAAAUAUCUCUUUUCAAGCCUGUGCAGUCCAAUUUUGUGCUUUUUUUGUUAUGGCAAUCACGGAAAACUUUCUCCUUACUGUAAUGGCCUAUGAUCGCUAUGUUGCCAUUUGUAAGCCUUUGAAUUAUCCUCUUAUCAUGAACCACAGAGUGUGUGUCUCUCUGGUGGUUGGCUCUUGGAUCAGUGGCAUCCCAGUUCAUAUAUUGCUGACAUAUUUGAUUUUCUCUUUGCCUUUCUGUGCAUCCAAAAAUCUCAAUCAUAUUUUUUGUGAUAUUCGCCCAUUACUGAAAUUGGCCUGUGGGGAUACCUCUGCAAAUGAAUUCUCUUUUUAUGCUAUUGUCUUGAUGCUUGGAAUGCUUCCCUUCCUGUUGAUAGUUUGGUCAUAUGUGAAAAUCAUCACAACCAUCCUAAAGGUUCCAGCAAACAAGGGGAGAUCAAAAGCCUUUUCUACUUGUUCCUCUCACCUUAUAGUUGUGGCUCUUUACUUUGGAUGUGGUAUCAUUACAUAUUUGCGACCUAGUUCUAGUCACUUAGAAGUACUAGACAAAGUGCUCUCUAUCAUCUAUACCACUGUGACCCCAAUGUUUAACCCCAUCAUAUACAGUCUGCGCAAUAAAGAUGUUGUGUUGGCAUUAAAAAAAUUAUUAUAUAAGUGA